GUUCAAAUGCGGAUUGCCGCCAUGUGAUGAAGUUAUUGUGCGUUUGAGUGCGUUGGACCACAUGCCUAAAAGAGCCGUAACUCCACCGGGCAGUAGGAAGGCACACCAAACAGAGCAAGCCGCAUCGGCGCCCGGUGCUGGUUCGGAGUGGGGCGAGCCCAGGCCCUCCUCCCCCUUCGCCGCCCUCGCCCUAAGGAGAACCAGAUUUUCCAGCGUGCCCCUUGUUCACAUCAAGCAUGCGGAACCGGAAGGCAUUACAUUUCCCGCUUCCGUGGAGCUGCCUCGUCGGCAUGUCACCUUUUACUCGGACGUGGACAGCGACUCCUCCCUCUCUGGGGGAGGAUUGUGUUCCAUGUCGGAUACCAUGGAAAGUUUCAGAGAUGUCGGUGGAAGUCCCUCUUCACAACCCCCCAGCGUUCGAAUCAAACACCUCACCAGGAAUUCUGACGGAAGCAGCCGCUUUCCCAAACUUGACGAAUGCGCACAUUUCCAUUAUGAUAACGUUGAGCUUGGACCAAUAAAUGUGAGUGUGUGUGAGGGAGGAGACGAGCAUGGGCCCGAGGUGAAGGGCGACUGGUGGUUCUGUCUUCAGGUGUCCAGCAACGGAAAGAGCUGGCAGGUGCGACGGUCAUUGGAUAACUUCCAGAUGCUGGACAGACAGCUGCACAGAUGCGUCUACGACAGGAAGUUCAGUCUCCUCAAGGAGAUCUCUGUCCAACCACAGCAACCAGAGGAUGCAGUCCGCACAAUGUUGACGCAGUAUUUGGAACGAUUUUCCCAGCUGGCUGGGAGUCUUAUCAACUGUGGACCUGUUCUCAAUUGGCUAGAGUUGGACAACAGAGGUAAUCGCUUGAUUGUAACUGACGAAGCAGCAAUCAAUACUCCGGCAGUUGCAGCAGCGUAUGUGAUUAAAAGAUAUGCCUCCCAAGCUACGGAUGAAAUUUCCCUAGAAGUAGGGGACAUCAUUUCUGUGAUAGAUAUGCCUCCUCCUGAAGAGUCUUCUUGGUGGAGGGGCAAGAAAGGUUUCCAGGUUGGAUUUUUCCCUUGCGAAUGUGUAGAAAUUAUUGGUGAUAAAGUACCUCAGUCCAUAAAAAUCCCCAAAUCUCCCUCAAAACCUGUGCUGAGGAAGCAUGGGAAGUUGAUAGCAUUUUUCAGAUCAUUCCUUCUCUCCCGGCCCUCAAGACGGAAGCUCAAGCAGAGUGGUAUUCUCAAAGAGAGAGUGUUCGGCUGUGAUCUGGGAGAACACCUCAUGAAUACUGGACGAGACAUUCCCCUGGUGUUGAAAUGUUGUACAGAGUUUAUUGAACAGCAUGGUAUUGUUGAUGGAAUCUACAGGCUGUCUGGAGUUACUUCAAACAUACAAAAACUCAGGCUUGCAUUUGAUGAAGAUAGAGUGCCAAAUCUACUUGAUGAAGCUAUUCUUCAAGAUAUCCACUGUGUUGCAUCAUUGUUGAAAAUGUAUUUUCGUGAAUUGCCAAAUCCAUUACUAACAUUCCAUUUAUAUGACAAGUUUGUGAGUGCUGUCCAAGCAGAAGAGGAUUUACGGUUGCUGAAAUUGAGAGACGUUGUACAACAGCUGCCACCCCCUCACUAUAGGUCUCUUGAAUAUCUAAUGAGGCAUCUUAGCAAAGUUGCUGCUCAUGGCUUUCAGACAGGGAUGACUCCCAAGAAUGUUGCCAUUGUGUGGGCUCCUAAUCUACUUAGAUCUAGAGACAUCGAAAACGGUGGUGUUGGAGCUCUUCACGUAGUUGGGGUCCAAGCAGUUUUGACAGAAUACCUCAUUAGAUAUACAGAUAUUAUAUUCAGUGAAAAAAUGCCAAUUUUUCCUACUCCUUCCGUGGAAACUCCUAAGAAGACAAGGCCGAAGUCUUUGGCUAUUUCUACUCCAACCAAACUCCUGUCCUUGGAAGAGGCUCGAACUAGGGCAUUAAUGGCAAAUUUGCCCGGUGAACAACCGAAAUUCAUUGAUGUUGGUGGUGGUGAAGAGAAUUUGCCAGUGAAAUAUCACACUGUUAUUGAGCUCCCUGCCAGGCGUCGGUCUAUGGGCAAAGGGAAAAAGUCUCCCUCAGGAUGGAGAACCUUCUUUUCAAGAGGAUGGCACACCACUAGUGGAAGAAGAAAAAGUAGGCGUUCCAGGACCGAAGGACAGUCAGAAAGACCAAAGAUUGGCAGUCCUAUCUUCUUGGAGCAUUCAUCCUUAGUUUUGCAGGACAAGGCUAUUACAGAAUCUGAUGUAUCCCAUACUACAACAAAAAGGCUGAGGACAGUGAAAAGUGCUGAAGCUUUGUUCCCUUUGUCAGCAAUUUUUUCACAAAAAGAAAAUGCUUUUUCUCCAACAGGUGAUAAAUAUUUCAAAAGAUAUUUCUUAGUGUGGACCAUUUACUUGUCUUUACAUGAGGUUAAUUCAUACUGGGACGCUCCGUACAAAUUUUUGAGAGAGCGAAGAUUUCCAAUUUGA